AUGGCAAUAGGCGCAGGGCGCACUCUCCCAGUUUCCAGUGCCGACAAGGUAAAAGAGCAUCAGUGCCGACUUGCUACAGCACGCACAGUUGUGCCUCUGUUGUCCUCCCUCGUGCUUUCGCAAAUAAAUCGUAAUGCCCGCACCGCGGUAGCACGUGCCCCCAGACCUCGUGGUGCAACAACUGUGUCCCGGCACGACGCGGCUGGUCCGGGUGCCGGUAGAUGCCGCCACAACCCCGCAGCCAACACACAACGCACACCGAGCAAGCAAUCACCCAAAGAGCCACACGCGGAAGCGGAUCCUCAUCCACCAAUGACACGGCGCCUCACUCCACGCGGUCACACGGAAUGCACUGUUUCCUCAAUGGAACUUAUGCCUCGUCCAUCCCUUAAAGAUGCUUCCUCUAAUAAUGGGGCUUGGAACACCAUAGAAAAAAGUGAAAAACGCAGUAAUACUGCAAUAAUGCCGGCCACAAUCAUCCUCCAACUAAGGGGCAAUUCUCCAAUUACGCCUCGUAUGCAAACACACAAUCAAAAUAACAUGUAG